AUGGUUAGAUCAAGUGGUCCAGUAGAUGAAGAACAAUUGAAAGAAGCUGAACACAUGAGACGAAUUCCUAGAAGUGGAUUAGGCACAAAAAUAAUCAAAGCUACUGAAAGACUUGAACAUGUUAUCAAAAUUGAAAAAGGAGAAGAAAACCAACCGGUUAUUUUACCAUCUUUAGUUACAGCAGCAGGAAACACUCCUCCUAUUAACACUAACAGAAAUAAUAUUUCGGAAAAAGAUGGCCCCGUUCAUGAAGGUGUUCCACAAAGUAAAGGAUUUAUACAUGCAAGAAGUGAUCUGCCGCAGCAACUGCACGAAAUUGUAAUUCCAUCGUUGACAGCCCAAGAAUUGGUUAAAUUAGCCGGAUAUUCUAUCUAUGAAACUAAAUUGGAGGAAGCACAGAAACGUGCAGGGCAUGAACAACAAACUUUCAAUCGUGUACCACUUAUAGGAUCAGCAACCAAAGUUAAAGAGGCAACCGAAAUAUUUGAAAAUUUCCUUAAAAUUGAUGAAAAUAAAUGCGUACCACCAACUGAAGAAAAACAAUUGGGAGAAACAUCUCAACAGCAAGGACCACAGGAAUUGAAACAAUAA